AUGGAUUCCAAGGUGAAGCAAAUGAUCAAGCUUAUUGAAGAAGAUGCAGAUUCCUUUGCCAGGAGGGCAGAGAUGUAUUAUAAGAAACGGCCAGAGCUUAUGAAAUUAGUUGAAGAGUUUUAUCGUGCAUACCGGGCAUUGGCUGAGAGAUAUGAUCAUGCAACUGGAGUGAUUCGUCAGGCCCAUCGUACCAUGGCUGAAGCAUUUCCUAAUCAAGUCCCUCCUGCACCAGCAGAUGAUUCACCUGGAGUUUCUUACAUGGAGACUGAGCCACAUACACCAGAGGCACUCAGCUUUUCCCAUUCAUUUCUUGACUCAGUUGAAUUGCAAAAGGAUGCUUCACCUAGUUUCCAUGCCAUCAAAAGAAAUGGAUCUUAUACUGAUGAAACUGAUUGUGGUUUAAGCAGAAAGGGUUUGAAACAGCUCAAUGAUCUAUUCAUGUCAGGAGAACCUGUAAGUCAUGCAAAGUCUUCAGAAGGGCGGGUUCGAAGGGGGCUCAAUUUUCAUGACACAGAACAGAUUAAUGAGCAAGACAAUGGAAGCCAAGAUAUCAGGACUUUAAUCUUAUCCGAGUCUGAACGGAUGACAAAAGCUGAGACGGAAAUUUUGGCCUUAAAGAAAGCCCUGGCUAACUUAGAAAGUGAAAAGGAGGCUGGCUUGCUUCAGUAUCAGCAGAGUUUGGAGAGAUUGUCUAAUCUGGAGUCAGAAAUGUCUCGUGCAAGAGAGAAUUCUCAAGGUCUUAAUGAACGAGCAAACAAAGCUGAAGCUGAAGUUCAAACCUUGAAGGAAGCCCUUGAUGAAUUACAGGCUGAAAGAGAAGUUAGUCUUCUUGAGUACCAGCAAUGCUUGGAGAAAAUAUAUCAUCUGGAGAAAAAUAUUUCAUCUGCUCAAAAGGAUGUAGGAGAACUUAAUGAACGAGCUACCAGAGCUGAAACUGAAUCUGAAUCCUUAAAGCAAGACCUUGCUAGAGUAGAAGCUCAAAAAGAAGUUGCCCUUGUUCAAUAUAACCAAUCCUUAGAGUUGUUGUCAAAACUAGAGGAGAGACUAGUACAAGCUGAAGAGAAUAAAAAGAGAAUUAAUGAACAAGCUAAUGCAGCAAAAAUUGAAAUUGAUAGCAUGAAAUUAGAAAUUGCUAAACUUACUGAAGAGAAGGAAGAUGCAGCUCAUCGUUAUCAACAAUGCAUGGAGAUAAUUUCCAGUUUGGAGCAUAAACUCUCUUGUGCCCUAGAGGAGGUGCAUAAGCUAAAGUGUAAGAUACAUGAUGGGGUUGAAAAGUUAAAUAGUUCUGAACAGAAGUGUGUGCUCUUGGAAACAUCUAAUCAGACUUUGCAAUCUGAAUUACAGUCUUUGGUACAGAAGUUGGGAUCUCAAAAUGAAGAACUUAGUGAGAAACACAAAGAAUUGGGUAGACUCUGGACUUGCAUACAAGAGGAGAGACUGAGAUUCAUCGAGGCUGAAACUGCUUUCCAAACUCUUCAGAAUUUGCAUUCUCAAUCUCAGGAAGAGCUAAGAUCUCUAGCCACUGAGCUUCAUGGUAAGGCUGAAAUUCUGGAGAAUAUGGAAUCCCGUAAGCAGGCUUUAGAGGAUGAAGCACACAAGGCCAGAGAGGAGAACAAAACUCUCAAUGAGCUCAAAUUAUCUUCAUCUUUGUCUAUAAAAAGAAUGCAGGAUGAGAUAUUAAAUCUGAGGGAGAUAAUAAAGAAACUUGAGCUGGAGGUUGGAAUACAAGUAGAUGAAAGAAAUGCUCUCCAGCAAGAAAUUUACUGUCUUAAAGAAGAGCUUAAUGAUUUGAAGAAAAUACAUGAAUCCAUGGUGGAGGAUGUCAGAUCAACUGACUUAGAACUACAGUGCUUUGCCUCAUCUGUGAAGAACUUGCAAGAUGAGAACUCAAAGUUAAAGGAAAGAAGUGAAACCUACAAAGAUGAGAAAGCAGCUCUAAAGGAAAAAGUGGAGAUCAUGGAGACGCUUUUGGAGAAGAAUGCUGUUCUGGAGAGGUCUCUUUUAGAUUUGACUGUUGAGCUUGAGAGUGCUCGAGGAAAGGUAAAGAUAUUGGAAGAAACUUGCGAAUCUUUGCUUGGGGAGAAAUCCACUCUUGCUGCUGAGAAAGCCACCUUGUUUUCUCAGUUACAAACCACCGCUGAGCAGCUGGAGAAACUCUCAGAAAAAAACAACCUUUUAGAAAGUUCACUAUGUGAUGUGAAUGCUGAGCUGGAAGGAUUAAGGAUUAAGUCAAAGAUUUUAGAAGACUCUUGUCUGUUGCUUGACCAUGAGAAGUCCAGUCUCACCUCUGAGAAAGAAACCUUAGUUUCACAAUUGAACAUCACUCAUCAAACUCUGAAAGAUCUUGGGAAACAACACAAUGAAUUGGAACUGAAGCAUUCUGAACUGAAAGCAGAAAGGGAGUCUGCACUUCAAAAGUUGGAAGAGCUACUUCUUUCCUUAUAUGCUCAGAGGGAAGAGCAUUCCAGAAUUGUGCAAUUGAAUGAAUGUCACUUGGCUGAGAAGGAAUUACAAAUUUUUGUUCUUCAGGAAGAUGCAGAUUACCAGAAAAAGGAAUAUGAAGAGGAACUGGACAGAUCUAUACGUGCUCAAAUGGAAAUUUUCAUCUUGCAGAGAUGUAUCCAGGAUUUGGAGCAAAAGAACUUCUCCCUUCUAGUUGACAGUCAGAGACUUUUGGAGGCUUCCAAACUGUCUGAUAGAUUGAUAUCUAAAUUGGAGGAUGACAACGUUCAGAAGCAAGUUGAUGUUAAUUCAUUGUCUGAGAGAAUUAAAAUACUGAGGAUUGGUCUGCUUCAGGUCUUAAAGACUCUUGAUGUUAACAGUGAGCCUUUGUGUGAAAAUAUGAUUGAAAAGGACCAGGAGUUUAUGAACCAUAUACAUGGGAAGCUUCAGGAGAAACAGAAUUCUUUUGUCACAAUUUUCAAUGAAAGCCAGCAAGUGGCCAUUGAGAACUCAAUUCUUGUUACAUUCCUUGGCCAGUUGAAAUUAAAGGCUGAAAAUCUUUUGACAGAAAGAAAUUCGCUAGAUAAGGAGCUGAGAACCCAGUCUACGCAGUUCUUGGCAUUGCAAGCAGAGGUACAAAAGAUAUUGGAGAAGAAUCAGGAAUUGAAGUUGACAAUAAGCAGAGGAGAAGAUAAAAUGGAAGUAAUGGCUACUCACAUAGAGAAUCUAUGCAAACAGCUGUUAGACUUGAAAGAGGAUCGCCAAAACAUAAAGGAAGAAAGUUACAAAACCUUUGAAGAGAAAAAUUCCUUGAUGAGAAGAUUUCUGGACUUGGGUGAAGAGAAAAGUAAGUUGGAAGAUGAAAUCUGCAUUAUGAUUCAUGAGACAAUAGCACAAUCUAAUCUCUCGCUAGUCUACCAGAACAUUGUCUUCGAAAAACUCCUGGCACUUAAAGAACUAAGCAACGAUCUCAAUAGACUUUGUUCAGUAAAUACCGACCUUGAGGAGAAACUAAAAGUAUUGAUGGGUAAAUUAGAAGAUAUAGAAAUGGAAAACUCCGAUCUUAAAGAGUCCUUUGCAGUGUCAAGCAUUGAACUAAAAUUAGUUCAAUCCGUUAAUGAUCAAUUAAAUUGUCAGAUCAGGAAUGGAAAGGAAUUGUUGUCUCAAAAGGAAAAUGAGAUUUUGGAAGCAGCAGAGAUGUUUAGUGUUUUACAAGAUGAGAAAACAGAAUUGCAAAGACUGGUCGAAGUUCUGAAGGGCAAGUAUGAUGAAGCCAGGGUGAUACUUGAAGACCAAGCUAGUCAAAUUUUAAAAUUAUCCACCCACAAGGAUCGGCAAAAUGAUGAACUUGGAUGCCUUGGUGAAGUGAAUAAGAAGUUGGAGGCGGAAAUGAGGCAUCUGCACCAAGAACUUAGAGAAAUUAAACUGAGGGAAGAGAAGCUAACUCACGAACUACUUAAGGGAACAAAUGAGAUUAAACAAUGGGAAACUCAGGCUGCCACACUCUAUACCAGACUGCAGAUGUCAGCUGUCAAUGAGACAUUAUUUGAAGAGAAAGUCCGGGAGCUAGCUGAUGCAUGUGAAGAUCUUGAAUGCAAAAGCAACUUUACAGGGAUGGAAAGUGAAGUGCUGAAAGAAAGAGUUAACAAGUUGGAAGGUGAAAAUGUGAAACUACGGGAUCAGUUGGCUGCUUAUGUUCCAGCUGCCAGUGCUUUGAAUGAUUGCAUCACAUCCUUGGAGCUGCAGACACUUGGGCAUGCAAAACCAUAUGAAUACAAAGUACCAAAGGUUAAGGAUUUGGCAUAUCACAAAUACUCUGAAGGUGGUCCACAAACAGGUGAAGAUCAGAAUACUGCGGCAACUAAUGCACUUCCAGAUUUCCAAGAUAUGCAGAAAAGAGUCAAUGCAAUUGUAAUGGCUGUUAAACAGAUGAAUGAAAGUUUCAAAACUAAGGAUGAAAUGAGAGAGAUUCAAGUGUUAAAAUCUGGAUUCAGCCGGCGCCAAGGAAAUAUUCAGGCAAAUAAGUAUGUUACUGAAAUGCAUGAAGCGAAGGAGCAGUAUCAAGGUCGACCUUCUGAUGAACUGAAGUCAAAAAGAUCAGUGUCAGAUGUCCCUGUAGCAGAAAUUGAAGUCCUGCCAAAAGACAUCAUGCUUGAUCAAACGUCUGAAUGUUCAUAUGGGAUAAGUAGGAGAGGAACUCUUGAGACUGAUGAUCAGAUGCUUGAAUUGUGGGAAACUGCUAAUAAGGAUGGUGUUAUUGGCCUGACAGUUGGCAAGGCGCAGAAGACAGCCAUUGUGCCUACAACAUACCAGCAAAAGAGAGCAACCAAGGAACUCAGAAACAAAUAUCCAUCAAUAGAGUCCUUGAUUGAGAAGGAGUUGAGUGUGGACAAAUUAGAGAUCCCAAGAAGAUUGACACUGCCACAUUCACAUGAAGAAGGCAACAGGAGGAAGAUUUUUGAAAGACUUGAUUCUGAUGCUCAAAAGUUGACAAACCUUGAAAUUACCGUGCAGGAUUUGAUGAGCAAGCUAGAAAUUACUGAGAGCACAAAAGGAAAAGAUAUUGAGUACAAUACGGUGACAGGGCAGCUUGAAGCUACUCAGGAAGCCAUCACAAAGUUGUUUGAUGCCAACAAGAAGUUGAAGAAGAAUGUAGAAGAGAGUACGUCAUCCUUUGCUGGGAAGUCUACAGCAGAAUCAGAUGAGAGUGUAAGUGUCAGCAGAAGGAGAGUUUCAGAACAGGCUCGGAGAGGGUCUGAAAAGAUAGGACGGCUGCAGUUGGAGGUGCAAAGACUGCAACUUUUACUUCUAAAGUUGAAUGAUGAAAAAGAAGGCAAAGGAAAGACAAUGAUGGAUGAACGAAACUCAAAAGUCCUUUUGCGAGAUUAUCUCUAUGGUGGUGGGACGAGAAGAAACUAUCACAAGACGAAGAAGAAAGCACCCUUUUGUGCAUGCAUGCAGCCUCCCACUAAGGGAGAUUAA